AUGGAUAACCUUACAAGUGUAUGUUUUUGUGUUUUUAUGUGUGUUUUUGUGGUUAAAUCUGAGCUAUACGAAGGGAAUAGCUGUUAUUCCGAAAUUGACCGGUUGAAUGGUACUUGUGUACACGUACAUCGAUGUUUAUCAACCGUUAAUGAUAUCAAAAAAGGGAUAAAACCACAGCUUUGUUCAUUUGAUGGACAAAAGCCAAUCAUAUGCUGCACAGAUUGUGAACUCAUCGGCAAUACCAGUUUGGUAUGGGUUAAUGACAGAGGCGUUUAUUUCUUCAAAACUGGAUCUAAAGCUCAAGACAAAUGUAUAGAACACGUAGCAAACUUGAGGUAUCCCUGUUAUACAUCGACAGGGGUAAAACGAAUGCUCAAUUUCAUUAGCAGAGACUGUUAUCAAUAUUUACCUUCGUUUGAGCUAACUACUGUGGGAGGAGAGAACGCAGAAAGAGGGGAAUUCCCUCAUAUGGCCUUACUAGGUUAUGGAGACAGCAUAGAAAGAGCUGAAUGGGUGUGCGGAGGGUCUGUUAUCAGCGAUCGUUUCAUUUUGACAGCUGCCCAUUGUAUAUCUAGUAGUAAGCUAGGGCCAGUCAAAUACAUAGCUCUAGGUACCCUGAAGAGAUCAGACCCUGUAAAAACCUGGCAGCUGUAUAAUGUCAGCAGGAUUAUACCCCAUCCACAAUACAAAUCUCCAAGCAAGUACCACGAUAUCGCUUUGCUGGAGACUGAGACGCAGAUAAAAUUCAACAUCUACGUGUUACCAGCUUGUCUUAGCUUAGGUAAUGACGAUGAAAGUUUAGCAUCAGCCACAGGUUGGGGUGCAAUAGGUUACCGUAAAGAUUUGGCUGAUAAUCUACAAGUGAUCUACCUGCAACAGUUUUCGGAAGAUGAAUGUUCGACUGCAUAUCCUUCAAACCGCAAUUUACAGAGAGGCUAUGAUCACACAAUACAAUCGUGCUACGGUGACAGAAGCCACGUCAUUAACACAUGCCAGGGUGACAGUGGAGGUCCACUUCAUAUAAAAUCACAAUAUGGACUGUGUGUCUUCAAUUUAAUAGGAGUUACAUCGUUUGGAGCUGCGUGUAGUUCCCUUGGCAGUCCUGGAGUGUACACCAAAGUGGUACACUACGUAUCUUGGAUAGAAAGCAUCGUGUGGCCUUGA